AUGGACCGUGUAGCAUCUUUGAAUUAGCAAAUUACCUAAAAUUUAUGCAAUGACUCCCGCAAAGUUACUAUAGAGUAUUUAGAUAACAAGACCGUUGGUGUGAUAUAUUUUAAUUCUCCUAAAGAUUUGAACUGUCUUUCUCUUUAGUUAGAAACAGAAUUAUCAUAAAGCAUUACUGAGUUAAACAACUCAUAAGAUGUUAAAGUUAUUGUCAUUUUAUCCAAAUUUCCUAAGGCUUUCUGUGCAGGUGCUGAUAUUACUAGAUUCACCAAGUUAUCUGUUUAAACAGAAAUGAUUUCUAAUACUUUCUAAGUAUAUGAUAAUGUUCUUUUCAAGACAACUAAACCUAUUAUUGCAGGUGUUAAUGGAUUCUGCUUAGGAGGUGGAUUUGAAAUAGCUUUAUCAGCAGACGUAAUUUUCUGCUCUGAUGAUGCCAAGUUUGGAUUCCCAGAAAUUAAAUUAGGUUUAAUUCCAGGCAUAGGAGGUACAUAGCGUUUCUCUAAGAUUGUUGGCAAAGUAAGAGCUAACUAGUAUAUCUUAAGUGGUCAAUUCUUUGAUGCUUAAAAGGCUAAGGAUAUGAAUGUUGUAGCUGAUGUUUAUCCCAAAGAAAAGUUGCACGAAGAAGUAUUAAAAUAUGCAAGAGAAGUCGCUUAGUGGUCUAUGUACACUCUAAUGACUGCUAAAAAAUCUGUUAACAAAUCUGAAGAUUUAGGAAUCACAGAAGGUAUUAGCUACGAAAGAACUCUAUUUUCUAGUUUAUUCAAUCUUCCAGGAUCAAAAGAAGGUGUUGAUGCCUUCAUUAAUAAGAGAAAACCCAAUUUCAACAAAAUUUGA